UCCUUGGGAGAGUCCGGUCCCAGGUGCCCUCUCGGUUCUGCAGUCUCUUCUCUCUUUGCUUGGGUGGGGAAGGAGGACGAAGAGGAGGUUUGGUCUGGGAUUAGAAGGAGGUGGAGCAGAGGCAGCGGUGGCGGCAGCAGCAGCAACAGCAGCAGCAGCCGCGCCAGGAACGGAGAGAGACAGGAGAGACCUAGACUUGGAAACCCCAAAGUGUCCCCGUCCCUGCACCGCAGGAUACAUUUCCAGCUUCAUGGGCAAAGUGUGGAAACAACAGAUGUACCCUCAGUACACCACCUACUACUACCCCCAGUAUCUCCAGGCGAAGCAGUCUAUUGUGCCAGCCCACCCAAUGGCUCCUCCCAGCCCCAGUACCACCAGCAGUAAUAACAACAGUAGCAACAGUAGCAGUUCAGGGUGGGAUCAACUAAGCAAAACAAACCUUUAUAUCAGAGGACUGCCUCCCAAUACCACAGAUCAGGACCUGGUGAAACUUUGUCAACCAUAUGGAAAAAUUGUCUCCACAAAGGCAAUUUUGGACAAAACAACCAAUAAAUGCAAAGGUUAUGGUUUUGUGGAUUUUGACAGUCCAGCUGCUGCCCAGAAAGCAGUCUCAGCUCUAAAGGCUACUGGAGUCCAAGCCCAGAUGGCAAAGCAACAGGAACAAGAUCCUACAAAUCUGUAUAUUUCUAAUUUGCCGCUGUCCAUGGAUGAGCAAGAACUUGAAAACAUGCUCAAGCCAUUUGGACAAGUAAUCUCUACAAGGAUAUUGCGUGAUUCCAGUGGUACAAGUCGUGGUGUUGGCUUUGCCAGGAUGGAAUCAACAGAAAAAUGUGAAGCUGUUAUUGGUCAUUUUAAUGGAAAAUUCAUUAAGACACCCCCAGGAGUUUCUGCUCCUGCAGAACCUCUGUUGUGCAAGUUUGCAGAUGGUGGACAGAAGAAGCGACAGAAUCAGAACAAGUACAUCCAGAAUGGGAGAGCAUGGCACAGAGAAGGCGAGGCUGGAAUGACACUUACCUAUGAUCCAACUACAGCUGCUUUACAGAAUGGAUUUUAUCCUUCACCUUACAGUAUUGCUACAAAUCGAAUGAUCACUCAAACAUCUAUUACACCUUAUAUCGCUUCUCCUGUUUCUACAUACCAGGUGCAGAGUCCAUCAUGGAUGCAGCCUCAACCAUACAUCUUGCAGCACCCUGGUGCUGUGUUAACUCCCUCCAUGGACCACACUAUGUCCCUACAGCCUACAUCAAUGAUCAGCCCUCUGGCCCAACAGAUGAGUCAUCUUUCACUAGGCAAUACUGGAACAUACAUGCCUGCCACAACAGCUAUGCAAGGAGCCUAUAUACCCCAGUAUACACAUGUUCAGACAGCAGCUGUUCCCGUUGAGGAGGCAAGUGGUCAGCAACAGGUUGCCGUAGAGACGUCCAGUGAUCAUUCUCCAUAUACCUAUCAACAAAAUAAGUAACUGUGAGAUGUAUAGAGGAGUGUCCUUACCUGAAGAAGGGUGUGAAGGCUGAAACAAUCAUGGAUUUUUCUGAUCAAUUGUGCUUUAGAAAUUAUUGACAGUUUUGCACAGGUUCUUGAAAACGUUAUUUAUAAUGAAAUCAACUAAAACUAUUUUUGCUAUAAGUUCUAUAAGGUGCAUAAAAAUCCUUAAAUUCAUCUAGUAGCUGUUCCCCUGAACAGGUUUAUUUUAGUAAAAAAAAAAGUUUUUAUCAAGUGUUAUGACGCAAAAAAAAAAAGAAAAAAGAAAAAAAAAGAAAACAAUUUUCUGGGAAUGCACAAAGACCACGAAGACUCCUUCACGUGCAUGACCAAUUUUUUGUGUUUCGUUCAUUUUUGUGUUUUAUUUCUUUUUUUGUUUUUUUUUAAUUGUAUGAAAUGGGUUUUCUGAAGUUUAAAGUAGUCAAACAUCAAAACUGAUGUUCUGUGCUUGCAGUGUGAAUGUCGCUGUAGUGCCGUGUGUUGCAGUCACAGUGUUUGUUUUCUUAGCUCUCUGUUUUUCUUUGAACGUAGUUUGUGAAGUGUCUUAUCUUUUUCUAUCAAUUCCAAUUUGCCUUAAAUCUUUCAAUGCUGUAGCUGUUUCAGUAAAAGUUAGUCCAAACUAAUGAUGUAGAAUGCUUUGACCAAAUGAGCUGGUCUAUUAUGCCUUGUAAAACAGCAGCAUAGGGCUUUUAAAAGGUAGUCAAUAAAAGUUGCUGAAAAUUUGGCUUUUUUUAAAUGUGUAGUAGGUGUUUUUAAUGAUUUUUCACAUAAUGUGUAAGGUAGUGAAAUGCAAGAGGGGGGAAAAAUGUUUUGUGUGAAACACAUUUUCUGACUAGGGAGAUUUUAAUAGGAUAAAUUGUUUGUAAGGCCAUAUGCCAACAGUUUCCUCUGGUAGUUUGACUGAUUUAGAAAAUCUGCUGUAUGAUGCAAUGUAAAUCUUUUUUGCCUUUUUUUCAGAAAAGAAAAAAAAA